GUGUACAAUAUGCGUUACAUUUUAAUCUAAAACAGCAUGCAGCUCGGGUUUUUUGUUUUUUUUAAAUGCCCGAGAUUCACCAAAAACCAGUCAAAUCUUUGGCUAAUUACCGGCAUUUAACAAUCCUUUAAUAGCAGGUAUUUAAUAAACCUCGGUGAAAGUAAAUUAUCAACGCUGCACCCUUUAAGGGAUGGCCCCUUUAAUGAUCAUUCACGACGUUGUAUCAAUGUAUGGUUUGAAACACAGGACCGGCCGCGGCAAUUGGCUCCACACAUUUGUCAUCAGUAAAAACAGGUUUCAUUGGCCCCUUCUGCAAAUUUCCAGCCUUCCACCACAAAACAGAAAUGCUCGGAUUCUGAUGUUAACAUUUUUUUUAAAAAACGUUAAUGACAAACGCACGUCGAGGCUGAUCAGGCGGAGCAAGUGCUUGAGACUGUAAGUUGUAACAAUUGUAACAAUCCCCAUGCAAACGUGGACUGAGUUCCAGUGACUGUCCCAUUCCACUGACUGCAGUCAGUCCCGGAACGACACUCAGUCUAAGUGUUGCAAUGGCAAGAAGGGUCCCCACCCCAAACCUCGCCUGACCAUUUCCCGCCACAGAUGCUGCCCGGCCCGCUGAGUUCCUCCGGCACUUUGUGUUUUGCUCAAGACUCCAGCAUCUGCAGUUCCUCCGUCCCAAACCUGUCCCAAUGCUCAGUGGCUGAGUCAGAUGAAAGAUCCCAUCCCACAUUGUUCACUGUGUUCUGAUAACUAUCAUGUUCGCGGUGUGUUUCAGCCACGAUCUCAUUCCCGUGUUCACUGAGUUGCAGUAACAAUGUCCUCCAAAUGUUGAUUGUAACUUACAGUGAAACAAUCCCAGCCUAAAGUGACAAGGAAUCAAAGUAUUCACCUCUGUGUGGAGCCACAAGAGAUGGGCAAAGUUCUCCUCAAUGAGUAUUUCUCCUCUGUAUUUACCGAGGAGAAAGAAAGUAAGGCAGAGGAACUUAAGGCAGUCAAUGGAAGUGUCUUGAGAGCAGUCAGUGUUACCGUUGAUGAAGUAGUGAAGCCACUGUCGUAUUUGAAGGUGAUGUCGGCGGAUGUGUGCGCCGUCUCUCCGAGAGGUGACAGAGUUGCUUCUGCUGCCGACCAGGGGGGUUCCUCCAUCAUCCCGGGGCUCCUUCUCCACCUGCUGUCUUCCGCCAGCCCAAGGUCGGUGGGUGCCGGUGAAUUGCUCUCCGUUUUGGCAGUCCGCCGUUACCUGGGUGAACCGUCUGGUGAAGCCGGCCCUUGUGCUGCCCCCUGCUACCUGUACGAUGUGACAGUGACCGAUGGUAACUGCCAGCUCAGGUGCCACCUGUCGCCCCAGCUCAACCCGCUGGUGCAGCGGAACUGCGUGAGGGCCGGCUGCGGUAUCCGCAUCACCCGCUGCAGCCUGGUCUACGAAGAGAAGAGGCUGAACCGCUGUUUCCUGCAGAUCGAGGCGCUGGAGCUGGGCGGGAUGGAGCACCAUCCCCAGAUGGACGCCAGUGCCCCGGGCUGCGCACCUCUCCGCACCCUCGCCUCCACCCAGCGGGGAAGGGUCUUACUGGCCACGAUGCUCUCUGCAACUCCCGUGAAAGGCGGGAGGACCCAUUACUUACCCCUGUGGAAUAACACCGACCCCAGUGGCCCAGAAUGGAACUCCACGAAGCACUCGCCUGCCCCCGAGGGUCAACUGGAUGCAGCUUGCAGAUUCAUUUCUCUUCAACACCUGGCCAGGACGUGGAGGACAGGGGUGGACUUCCCGCACCUUCUGGUCCGGGUCAUGUACAAGUCCCGGUUACGUUACUACGGGAGGCCCAGCACCAAGGUGGACUUUCCCUAUCAGGCAUACCUGGAAGUGGCCGACCACUCUGGCAUGAUGCCGAUGGUGCUGUGGAACUCGUUGUGCCGAGAAUGGUACCAGUCUCUGCACGUUGGUGCGGUGUUGCUGCUCCAUCGAUACUCUGUCAAGCAGGGUUACCAGCAAAGAACCUGGGCCACUCACUGUGACUCGCAGGUGAAGAGUUUUCGCUUUGUAGAGAUCUGCCUCAAUCCACGGGAACCUCGUACCGAAAUCCAGAUUGUGCCGACUAAGCAAGUUAAAGCUGAGUGGAGGCUGCCCGACAUCAAGUAUAAUUUCAUCACAAGAGUGGAGUUGGACAAAAUGCCUGACCCUUACACGUGUGACGUCAUUGGAGUGGUGACCUUUGUGGGAAGAUGUCAAAGAAGAAGAAAAGAAGAGGGCAGCGAGGAUUUCUACCUGUACCGCUGGGUACAUGCUGUAGAUGGCAGCACCCAGCAACCUUUCAUCCUUGAGCUCUUCGCAACUUCACAGCCUGAAACAUUUCAACAAAUUCACCCGAUGACCUACCUGGUGUGCACACAGAUGAGAGUGGUUCGAGAGUUCGGCAUUUCCUACCUCACAACCUCCAAUGAAAGUCAAAUAUACAUCUCAGGCCUUCACAAAGGAAAGCCGUACACUCAGGACCCGAAGGUGCAGGCCUUCAUUCAGUGGGUGAAGGGGCAACACGAGAAGCAGUUGCUGAAGAAGUCUGUCAUGGGUGGCUACUACUCAUUCCCUCCAGCCCCGAGCUUAUUUCAAGAUUACUGUAAAAACCUGAGCGAUGAGGCAGUGUUGACCUCUGCAAGCGACCUGAAGAAGGUGAUUGCAAGCUUGCAUUACAGGGAACACCGGCGGAUCGCGUUGCAAGCCACCAUUGUUGCAGUUCGAUACAUUGGACUCACGGAGUUGGUGGAAGGACAGGGAACUGACCACGUACAGAAUGCGCGAGACAUUUCAGGUCCGACGCUGAAGGAAGACAAUGUUUCCUCACAGUUGUCAUCAGAACCAGUCCGAUCCGGGGAACGUCCAGAGAAAGACCUGAACCAGCCGGCAGAGAGGCUUCGGACCGCGCCGACCAAAGCCCAGCGGAGGUGUCAGUCACCAGUGCUCAAUCACUACGCAUUAAGACGCAGAUAUCCUUUGAGGAAUUCACAAAAGACUGACAACAGCAAAGGGAAAACAUCAAGGAUGUCAAGGAAGAAGUUUCCGGAUGCACCAGGCGUAAUGAGGAGGAGAAAGCCAGCGAGCAGAUCGAGGGCCAGGUUACUGAAGAGGAAGGCGUCCGAUCGUGUUCCUGAUGACACCGUGAAUGGCAAAGGAUUCUCACAGGCUGCAGAGGAACCUGUGGCGGCUAACAAAGUUUCAGAUGAAGAUGCGAGAACUGAAGAGAUGGAGAUGAACAGCACCCCUCGAUGUACGUGGGAAAGCACUCUGUGGCCAGAGAUUAAGGAACAUCUGUCAGUGCACUUACAGUUUGGUCAGCUCCUCUCCGAGAGUGUUCCUCGGACAUUUGACUACAAACAUAGAGACUUUCUGAUGCAGCGGUGUAACCUUCAGCCUGCAGAGUACAAGGCAGACGCAGUCACCUCUAGCAUGGACCUUGAGAGAUUUGGACCAGCCUGUGACCAUGGUUACUACAGUGUGACAAUCGUUGGUAUCAAUCACCAGGUCGCCAUUGACGUUGUAUUUCGACCGUCCAUGAAGAGUCAUGAAGGACUCUGCACAUUGGGUCAUCCGAUGGAAAGCCAUGACAACAGGCUGGCCUCCAUUUUGGCCAGUGGAUACAUCUGUGAUGAACAACCCACCAAUGGCAAUCAGCAAGGACCAGCGACUGCCUCUCCAGAUCACAUUGUAAGAACCGCAGCCGAUCUGGACAACCUGCACGUCAUCUGUAUCAUGGACCUUUGCCAUCACGGUGGGGACAACUCUGAAGCAAUUUUAAACAAAAUAUACAUGGUGACUGAAUGAAGCCAUCUGUGACCAUUAUAACACCAUCAACUCUUCAAUAUCCAUUCCUUGUUCAUAGAUUCUAGACUUUGCUCCGGGUCUUACCGCUCGAGUUACCACCUCGAUAUAACUAUCAGCAAUGCGCACUAUGUAGAAAGUAUUUGCAGUAAUAUUUUAUUUUAUGUGAUUUUUUUUACCAAUGGCUGUGUAUGUAUUCAGCCUUUAAUCUCUCAAAUAAAUCUCUGUAUUAAAUAGAGCCGUCAAGCAUGAAGAAA